AUGAAGACUUUGGCCGUCUUGGUUCUCUGCUCCCUGGCUGUCAUCUGUCUGACUUCAGAUGCCUCCACUGGCUCCCAGGCUGCUGACGGACCUGCUCAGGAGGGUUUGUUUGUGGAGAGGGAGCAGGCCUCCACUGUGGUGAGGCAGAAGAGAGCUGCUGGAGAGUUGUCCCUGACCCAGCUGGAGAGCCUGAGAGAAGUGUGUGAGGCCAACCUGGGUUGUGAGGACAUGAUGGACACGCACGGAAUCAUCGCCGCCUACGCCGCCUACUACGGACCAAUCCCCUAUUAG